AUGACGCUUUGCCUUCUUUAUCUACCUACAGAAGUGUCUAGUGCUAAAACCUCCAAAAGAACACAAUGCACACGCUUCCUAGAUCAUCUCUUCGAGACCUUUCAUGAUGCCUCAUAUCGUCCACAUAGUGCUUUUCGAAUUCAAGCCCUCAACGGAAAGUGCUGUGAUCCACGAUGUAUGUCAAGUCUUCCUACUGUACCCCGCGAUGCCCCGCAGUCCGGACCUCCCUUGACCCCCAACGAACAGCCAAGUGUCUGCAAACGUUUGCUAGCGCUUCGUCAAAACUGCCUCCACCCUACCACAAAAAAGCCAUAUAUCCUGGACAGCACCGGCGGGCGAGACAAUUCCCCCGAGGGGCAUCAAGGGGCGUUCACUCACGGAUUUGUAAUACACUUUGCUAGCGAAGAGGAUAGACGGUAUUAUCUUGAGGAGGAUCCGGCGCAUCUGGGUUUCGUGAAAAGCUUAGACGGUAUCAUUCAGAACGCGAGGAUUGUGGACUAUGAGCCUGGGAAGUUUUAG